UCACCCUCCCAGCAGCAGGUGGCGCCGUGAGCCGGACAGAAGAGGUGAAAGGUCGGCGGCUACUUCCGGUAACGUGAAGAUGGCUGCCUACAUGAUGUAAACACGCGAAACCAUGCGCCUUAGCGGUGGUCACGUUGAACAGACCUCCGGUGUUUCAGCUAUUAGCGAGCUAGCGCUAACGAGGCAGGCAAACAUGCCAGCGCAAACCAUCUUCGUUGGGUCUCUCCCAGCUUCAGCUUCGAAUGAACGUCUGGAGGAGAUAUUCUCUGAAAUAGGUCCAAUAAAACAGUGCUUCGUGGUCAGAGAGAAAGGCACAGCAAAAUGUCGGGGAUUUGGAUACGUCACAUAUUCUAUGGAGGAAGAUGCUCAACGAGCCUUGAAAGAAAUAAGGGACUACGACGGAAAAGCUGUUUCUCUGUCUGUGGCGAAAAAGAAAGUCAAAGAAAAAAAGUCAACAGCAACUAAGGAGCCAGAGUCAUUACCAGAGAAAAAACAACAGCAAUCCAAAGGGGUGAAGAAGAAACAGCUGAAAGCUAAGCUCAUCAUAAGGAAUCUUAGUUUUAAGUGUUCUGAAGAUGAUCUAAAAGAAGUAUUUGCCAAGUUUGGAACAGUUGUUGAGUCCAAAAUACCACUAAAAGCAGAUGGGAAGAUGCGAGGAUUUGCAUUUGUCAUGUUCACAAACAUGGCCCAGGCAGCAAAAGCCCUUAAUGCAAUGAACCUGAAGGAGAUUAAAGGUCGGCAGGUAGCAGUUGACUGGGCUGUUCCAAAGGACAAGUUCAUUGCCACGCAGCGGUCCUCCAUCGCAGAAAAUCCUAAUGUAAAGGUGGAAAGUGUACAGCAAUCAGACACAGAAAGUGACACUGAAGAUGCGAAUGACCAAAAGACACAAGCAGCUCCUGCAAAGGAAAGAGUCACUUCGAAAGCAACUGUGCAGGUGGAUGAAUCCCAAUCGAAUGAUGAAGAUGAUAGCAUGGAGGAGACUGAUAAUGAUGAAGAUGGUGAUAAUGAUGAUGACGAUGACGAUAAGGGGGUUGAUGACGAUGAUGAUGAUGAUGAUGAUGAUGAUGAUGAUGAUGGUAGUCUUGAUUCAUAUAAUGAAGAUGAUAGUCUGGAUGAUGAGGAGAGUGAGGAUGAUGAACGCAAAUCAGCGCAAAAGAAAACCUCAAAGAAACAACUCCCUUCAGACGUGACAGAGGGCAGAACAGUUUUCAUCAGGAACCUGUCCUUUGACACAGAGGAAGAUGGCCUUGAAGAAGUACUCCUACAGUAUGGAGAGCUUAACUACAUAAAGAUUGUUGUCAACCCAGACACAGAACAUUCAAAAGGAUGUGCAUUUGCUCAGUUUAAGACCAAAGAGGCUGCAGAGCGAUGUAUAGCUGCGUCACAAGAUGAAGCAGAGAAUGGUGGCAUCCGUGUUGAUGGCAGGAAGCUGUUGAUUGUAGCAGCAGUGAGCAGAGAGGAUGCUUCCAAGAUGAAAGUAAAAAAGGUGAAGGUGGAAACAGGAACUAGGAAUCUGUACCUGGCCAGGGAAGGAUUGAUCCGUGCUGGAACAAAAGCAGCAGAGGAUGUGUCUGAAGCAGACAUGGCCAAACGAGUCAGAUUUGAAGAAAUGAAGAGGGCCAAGCUUCGAAACGUGAAUGUGUUUGUCUCAAAGACUCGUCUGUGUGUCCAUAAUAUGCCCAAGUCAGUAGACAAUAAGAAACUCAGAUCGCUCUGCCUUCAAGCAGUAAAAGGAGCCAAGGGAGUUCGCAUCACAGAAUGUCGGGUGAUGUAUGACAAAAAGCCACUGAAGGGUCAGACGAUGGGACAGUCACUGGGUUUUGGCUUUGUUCAGUUCCAGGAGCAUGAACAUGCUCUCGCUGUGUUGCGUUACCUUAACAACAACCCUAACGUCUUUACCUCACAUAAGAGACCUAUUGUUGAGUUCUCUUUGGAGGACUUGAGGAAACUCAAAAUAAAAGAAAUGCGACAACAGAAAAGCAAGGCAUUAAAUAUUCAGCCCUUAAAAGGAGACGCACAGAUGUCUGAAAAGUCCACACUGAAUCAAGGAGCUACUCCUCAGAGUCACAAGAAACAUGAUCAGUAUUCUGGCUUCCAGACCAAGCCUGAGGUCGAACACAUUGAUCUAGAGAACGGAAAGAAAAGAAAGAAGGUUCUACCUCUGCCUUCCCAUCGCGGACCCAAGAUCAGAAUGCGGGAUAAAGGAAAGCAGCAAGCUCCACCACCCAAGAAAGCAAAACCUGGAUCCAAAAGGAGAGAACAUCAAAAACAAAAGAUGGAGAAGCCCACUCACCCAAGAAGCCAGAACGUUAAAGCUGCAAAGAAGAAUUUCAAGAGCAGAGAUAACGACCGCUUUGACAGUUUGGUGGAGCAGUACAAGAAGAAAUUGAUGGGCAACAGUACUGGUGUCAAAAGAAACAAAUGGUUCGACAGUUAAUCAUUUGAGUGUGGGAGAGAAGGUCUUUAUUUCUACCAUAACACAGAUCCUGUAUAUUUAACAUCCUGAGCUUUUAGAAUAAAUGUGCUGGUUCUCAUCAGUUUGUGCAGUAAUUGAAGUCAUGUUAAACUCUACUCAGACCCAUGUUUGCAUUUUGUAAUCCAUGCUCAAAAUUCUGUUGUGUAAAAUGUUUUCCUUGUGUAUUUUUAUAAAUCUAAUUAGUAGAGUUA